UGGUAGUUUAUUUCCAGUUUAUUUGCAGUGGACAUAACAUGCUGAAUUGUUAUGCAUUUUGUUUUAAGUUGGUGGAAUCAGCUUUUACCAACAAACCUGGUGGGGAACGUAUAAUAAAUGAAUACAACCGAACCAAGUCCUUGACGGAUGAAACAAGACGUAAAAUGGUGAACAUGCUGGCAGCUGACAUGACAGAAAAGAAUGGUACAUCUCCAACCAGACAGGUGAAAGAAAUGUAUGCCAAAGGAAUAGUGACCUUAUUCCUGUACCUCAGUGACCCAUUCUCUAAGAAUGGCUACGAGCAUUAUUAUGAUGGCGAGAGUGUAACUAGGUACUUGGCCUGGAGGAUUAAAACUAUUCAGAGAGGCACCGCCAAAGACAGGCGAUCAUCAUUCGGAGAAUCAGCCAAAGGAUCAUCUGGUGAAGACAUGUCUGGAGGACCGACUGUCAGACGAGAAUCCCAGUUUGUUCCAGAGACUGCCUUGACUGAUGAGGAGUGCAACGAAGCAAUCUCACUGAUGAAACAUUCUGCUGAUGCGGACACAAUCAAGAAGAAAAUGAAACUGACGUUUGUGUAUCGCCGCAGAAUGAUCCUCGACCCCCAGCAGUCAAGCAACAUACUGUCUGAGUUUCCACGUUUUAAAGACGUCAAAAGCUUGGUUUAACAGGAUUUUGUUCUAAUGUUCGGAGAGGAUACAGUACCUCAAGCAAGCUUCUGGAAAGGUGGCCGGUCACUUUCAAGAAAAAGAUCAUCAAACAAUGCAGAAAGCUUCCAUCCACAAGUGAGCUUGAA